UAAUUUUUUUGCAGAUGCCAGUGUGUUUUUUUAAAUUGUAAACAUAUUUUUACUUAAUCUAAUAGGUAACUACUCUCAAAAGUGAUAACAUAUCCGUUCCAAACGUUCAACUAUAAAUAAACCUACUUAAUCUAAUAUAAUAGAUAUAAUAUACAUUUCUAAACAUGCAGCAGACAUGGCAGUCGAACGAAUCACUGGCGGAUGCGUGGCAAAAUUGGAAGGAGUUCAUAAUAAUAUAUUUUAUAGUUUUACCUAUUGAAAUAAUUGGAAUGAUAAUACUUACAAUGUAUCAUGAAUAUUUGUUCGGUGAUCAUUUUGCAAAACUGGAUAAAAAUCACAAAAUAGCUGAAUGGGACAUAUUUAUUGGAACUAUGAUAUUGAUCGUGACCAACUUCAUAUUAUUAUACAUUAACCUGGAAUCAAUGCCUCAAACUAGGGAUGUAAGGAAAAUCAAGAAAUGGCUGAUAUUCUAUUCAAUUGGACUUUGUAUUUAUCUAAUAAUUACAGUAAACUUCCAUAUUGUAUUGAGAUAUUUGAGUGUAUACAAUGAAUAUUCAAAUUUGUACAUUUCUGUCGUAGGGUGGUCAUAUUUUAUGAAUAUCAUUCUAUGGUUUGGUAUAGUUUUUGUCUACUACAUAUCCUACAAACCAAUUGCAUCAGCUUAUCGCCGAAGUCUUGGAAAUGGCCCUUAAACACUUAAAUCUGAAAAGUAGGCAACAACACCGAUGACAAUAUAAGUACACAUCGUUGAAUGAUCUCCAAAGAAGUUCAAAUUCCAAAUAAUUGAUGAAAUAUGAAAAUUCAUCUACAAAAUAUGUAAAUCGGUGUCAAUUGUAUACAACCUCAACGAUGGCUACAACAAGUGUUUCUAAAAUGCACUAACUAAUAAAUUAUUAUAUUAGCUCACAAGUAUCAUUUGAAUAUUACCUAUUAAUAGAUUUUAUUAUAAAUCUUGCUAUAAAUUUUGCUAUAUGUCUAAAUCAUUAAAAAUAAUAAACAAAUAUG